CCCGUCUUCGUCAUCAUAUAUUUAGCUUACGUACAGUUACAGUGCAACAAUAAACAGAACGGUUACUGUUAAGUUAAUGUUUGUUUACUGUUGAGAACAAGAAAGUCAGCUGUAACUAUUACAACACAAACAAGAAGUGUGUAACAAGAGGACGCAAUGUCAAAUGUAUCCAUGUUGACGGAAGCAGACGACACUCGACUUCUACAACCGAUCUGGGAUUUAAGGAUUGGAUAUGAAGAGUACAUCUCUUCUCCUUUGUUUCCCGUGAUCCUUUCCAUGGCAUUUUAUUUAGGAUCAUGUCUCCCCUUCACUGCCAUGGACUUAUUCUGCACCAAACAGUCGUGGUAUAAAAAGUACAAAAUUCAACCGGGAAAAGUGGUUACGGGAUUUAACUACCGCGACACCCUGUUUCUGACAGCUGCCAAUCAUCUUCUGUUGAUCCUACCAGCAUCUAUUGCUCAGUGGAUAUGGGUACCGCCCACAGAUCUACCAAAAUUGGCACCCUCACUUUACGAGUUUCUAUGGCAACAAGUGGCUGGUGUUUUUAUUUUCGACUUCCAGUAUUAUGUAUGGCACUGGAGUCACCAUAAGGUGAAGUUUCUCUACAAACACAUUCACGGACUGCACCACCGCUACAGCAGUCCGUUCGUGUGGGUGGCCGAGUACCUACACCCCUGGGAGCUGAUAACCGUCGGCCUGUUCGCCACCACCAACUCCUGGUUCUUCAAGUCGCACCCUCUCACCGUCUGGUCUUAUAUGCUCGUCAUCGUCUGGAUUAGCGUCGAGGCCCACAUUGGGUUCGAUUUCCCAUACUUGUUGCACAACUGGUGCCCUUUCGAUCUGGUGGGCGGGGCUCCGAAGCAUGAUAUGCACCAUCAAAAGCCGUUGACCAAUUAUCAGCCGUUCUUCAACCAUUUUGACCGUCUGUUUGGUACCUACUGCCCGCCCAUGAGAAGGGGAGGGUCAAAAAGCAAAGAGUUGCUUGCUUACGAAUUACGUUAUCGCGAGAACAAAAAAAGGGGUUAGGUUUGCAUGCUGGUAGAAUAUCGGUACCUUAUAGGCACUAUUUUGUUCUGAAUUUAUGUUGUAAAAUUCCUACUUUUUUUUUACUUUUUUUUUGGGGGGGGGGGGGGGGGUGAGGGUCAGUUGGGUCUGGGUAAAAUAGACUGCAGAAAACAGUAAUUUAAUGAUUUGAUUAUUAUUUUUAUUUUUUUUCAUUGAGUAGGCGACAUUUUGUAGGAGGUAGGGGGAUCCAUAUUAAUAAAAGGGAGUAUUGUCUUUCCUGGGGGAAUGGAGACAGGCUUUACCAAUAUGGGAUCUAGAGAAAAUAAAAUGUCCUUUCCACCCACCUACGUCAUAGUGAUACGCUGACCAAACCGUACUAAGUAUCAUUAAAACUAUUCCAAACAUUGUCUAAUUUACAAAUUUUCCCCCAGUUCUAUACAAUAUAUACUGAACAAAAUAAGAAACUUCCGCUAACUUUGCUUGAACAUAACUUGAUGAAAACAAACCGGGGGAAUAAUUGUUAUAUAUGCGUUUAAAG